ACUGCUCUAUCAUGGGCCGAGCUCGGCCACGCCGGUUGCUCUAGUACCGAGAAAGUUAUGGUGAAAAGGCUAGCAAAUAACAUCAGGGAGCUUCUCGACGAGAUUCAACUAUACGGUGUUGAGGUUCUAAUGAAGAAGGUUACUGGAGAGGAGAAUGCCGAGGCUGAUGCACUGAGCAGAAUUCUAGACAACAUGGGAUUGUCCGGUCCUAGGUCUGAGGAUAGACUCGCUCCGCACUUGAGUAUCGUCUUGGACCCCACGGUGUUGGCGCUCGGUCGUCCCGGAGAUGAGGCACGUCAGCGACUUGCUGGUAUUCAAGCAGCGUCACCCAAGUUCAAGGACGUCAUCAACAAGCUCACGGUCGCCUCUUACCCAGAUGGUAUCAUGGUCGAUG